UGCUAGUGAAUGGUUGGUUUGCAAGAAUCCAAAGAUUGUACAAGCAAAAGAUUUUUCUUUCAGCGGGCUUAACUUGGCUGGCAAUACUACAAAUGCAGUUGGAUCGCAGGUGACACCAGUAUUUGUAGCUCAAUUGGCAGGGCUUAAUACUCUUGGAAUCUCCAUGGCCCGUAUAGAUUUUGCACCUGGAGGGUCUCAUCCACUUCCAGCAAAACAUUGGACCCACCAAUGCUGUUGCAAUAGCAGGCCUGGGCAGCCAAAACCCGGAGUUAUUACCAUUGCAAAUGCCGUGUUUGGAUCAAAUCCUAAGAUCACUAGUGAUCUUCUUGCGAAGGCUUUCCAAGUGAAUCCAUACGUUAUCAAUUUGAUUCAGUCACGGUUCUAA